UUUAAAACGUAUCCUGCCGCCAGGAUUAUUUAUGUUCACACCGUCCCCUCGCGCAGACCAAUGGCUGCGAGCAACAUCUGAAACAUCCGAAGCCUCCAAAUCGAAAUAUAAGAUAUUUAUUUUUACCCCAGCUGGCGCGCUCCAGUGCAGAGGGGCCAGAAAAGAAUGAUAAUAAGAGCUAGCUAGCUAGCUGGCUAAUACAAUCCCAAGCAUUGGCUCUGAAAUUAGCCCCGUGUCGACACCAGCCGAGAGCUUUGGCGCUUCCUAGCUGGGCUGCACGCUGAGAGAACCGCAUCGGCUGAAUUCACCGGACACGGGUUUGAAGGAGAAAAAAACUGAACCAAGGGGGCUUUGGGGGGGAGAUACGAGUCAAAGGCAUUUGUUGACGGGACCUCAGUUUUUCCUUCCUCUUACGUGGUUAAGCAGUGAAGCACCUCCCAGCGAAAACUCAGCGUGUCCUACAAUAGGCGAUGCAUUUUCUUUUCGUGUGUGCCUGCGUGCGCGCGCCUGUGCGUGUAGCUGAGGAGGGUCCUUGGGCUCGUCCGUAGGGGACCCCCCCUCUCCACCUGCGCCUGCACCCCGGCUUCCUAGUUCCCUGGUUCUCUGGUUCCCGUCGGUCGUCCACAGUUGUGCGGAGGGAGGCUGGACCGCGGACCAUGCCGAGAGCGUCGGGGACGAGCUGGGCUCAGUCGCUGCUCCCCGUGGCUGGACUCUGACCGGACUUGUUUUCACUCUCUUACUAUUUUUUCCUUCAUCUUUUUAUUGGAAGGGGGUCAAGUUUCCUCCUCCUCCAUUUUUAGUUCGAAAGAAGUGAACACAGGCUGAACGAGCUGGGAGAGAAACCCGAGCUGAGCGCAGCAGCACAAACUCCAGUUUGUUUCAUGUUUGAUCAAGCCACGAGUAUGGGCGAUGGGGUCGCCGAAGAGCGAAACCACUGUGCACCCAGCUCAGUGUGCCGGGACCGGGCCAGGGAGUGUAAGAGCCGGCCGGAGCUGGGCAGCCGGUCCCCGGCCCAGAGCUCAGCCGACACCCCGGGCACCUCCGCGUCCACCCCGACCUCCUCCAGCGAGGACGGACACGAGAAAGUUUUAGGAGUGGACCCGGACUACUGCAGAAGGAUUUUAGUCAGAGACGCUAAGGGCACCAUUCGGGAGAUCGUGCUGCCCAAAGGGCUGGACCUGGACCGGCCCAAGCGCACGCGCACCUCCUUCACCGCGGAGCAGCUGUACCGGCUCGAGCUGGAGUUCCAGCGCUGUCAGUACGUGGUGGGGCGCGAGAGAACUGAACUGGCCAGACAGCUCAACCUGUCCGAGACUCAGGUGAAAGUCUGGUUCCAGAACCGUCGCACCAAGCAGAAGAAGGACCAGACAAAGGACUCAGAUAAGCGCUCGUCCUCUGCGUCUGAAUCUUUGGCCACCUGUAAUAUUCUUCGGCUGCUGGAGCAGGGCCGCCUACUGUCUGUCCCGGCUCCCCCACCCAACCCCCUUCUGGCCCCCCCUCACCCCGGGAACGGUUCUCUGCUAGGCAGCCCCUCUGUGGCCUCCUCUUCGCCUGGCCUCGGCAGCACCAGCACUCCUCCAGGAGCUGUGACGGGCACAGGCGGGGGUGGGGCUUUCGGCCUCUCUCUAUCUUCUCUCGGUGGGACGCCUCCCUCACCCCGUCUGGGGGUCCCUCCGCCCUCGCUGUUCUCCGUGCCCCUCCUGAGCGGAGCUCAUCACGAACUGACCUCAGGCUAUGGCUGUGGCUCAUCCGCGUUUGAGCCCUACACAAGGAUAGAGAGGAAAGAUGGGGACCUGGGGGGGAAAAAAACUGUUUCCUAAAGCAGGAGUUCUCAACUCCAGCACCAAGGACCCACUGCCCUGCACUGUUUUACUGUCCCCUAAAUGAUCACACCUACACCUUUGAAAAAUAAAGGUACCAAAAAGUGUUAUUUAGAGCAAUACUGUUUACUUCUCUAAAAAUUGUUGCUUCUUUAAGGAACCAUUUUUGAAAAUGAGAUAUGGAAGUAUGAAGAAACUCUCACUUCACAUAAGGUUCUGUACCAAAGAUUAGAUUGGCAUGUCCAAGCCCAGAACCAUUAAGGAACCUUUAUUUUUAAGAAUGUACUUGUUGAAAAGUCACCAAAUUUAUUUGGUCUUCAUGGUUACUCUUAAAUGAGAGCUACAGAUUCUUUUUUAGAGAGGCCAUGCGUUUCUACCAGUUUGUCCUAUUUUGUUUUUCUCUUACUCGUACAAACUCUCUUAAGAAUUAAAGGUGCCAGAAAGGGUUCAUUUGUUCUUUUAGUGAAACAUCUUGGAAGAACCACUUUUGGUUCCUUAAAGAAGUUUGCAGAACCAUUUUUGUAAAUAUAAAGAACCUAUUUUAAAGUUAAAAGAACUUUAGAUGGAAGGUUCAUUUCAAAUUAAAGGAUUUUCAGAAAACCAUAUAUCCAAGCCAAGAGCCAUUUGGGAACCUCUAUUUUAAGAGUCCAACCUUGGCUAGAUUCAUAACAGAGGGAAAAGACUAAAGAGGAAACUCCUAACAACACUCAAUAAUUACCCCAUGAGUUGGAUCAAGUGGGCUUGUGGCAGGGACUUGCCAAAACUGUGCAGGGCACCGAGCCCCCAAGACUGGAGUUGAGAACCACUGUUGCUCAGCUUACGGACUGGACCGCUGACUGGAACCUGUCCUCCUUCACUCACCCCGGUGGGUACGAUCUGCUCUACUGCUCAGCUGAGGAUCGGGGUAUGGAGGGAAAAGGUGCUCUAAGACUUCUAAUGAAUAGAAACAGAUGGAGAGAGCAUUGACUUCUAAUUUCGGAUCCCUUGCCUAUGUCUUCGAGCUGUGCCAGUGCUUUCCACCAUGUUAAGAUGACAGGAAAAAUCCUGCUGCCUCUGCCCCUUUGCAGUGAAAGGUUCGCUAAAAAGGCGUGUAUCUGUGAAAACAUGGAGGACACAUCUGUAAUUAACCGCAACUGCAUCCAGUACUUAAGCGUUUUUAAAUUUCUUCCAUUUUUGAAUUCCUUGUGUGUGGGUGUGUGUGUUGCAAACAGCCUCAGGCUUAGUUUACGUGAGUAAAGAAAAAAAAAGUUCAACAUUGUUACUGUAAUUGUGAAAGGCCAAAAUCGCUUUACAACAGAUAUUGUAUCCAAAUGGGUGUAAAAAAAAAAAGAAAAAGAAGAAAAAAAGAAGAAAGAUGAUUGAAUGAGUCAUGUCAAUAUGUUUGAUGAACCUUGUGGUACGUUUUUGGUAUGUUUUUAUGCUGCUCUUAACUAGAAUUGUUUUUAUGGGGGAGUUUUACAUCAGUGUAUAUUUUGUGCAUGUGAGAGUGUGUGAGAAACAGAUGUUUUUGGUUUUCUGAGUGCUUCUCAUAAACAUUGUGUACACAUACGCAAUAACAGGACAACUGCAAAUCCAAUCAGCUAUAUUGGUCCAUAUUUCUUUUCCUAAUUAUUAUAUUUUUAACUUAUAUAAUAGUAGAUUUUUUUAAAAAAGAAAAAUGUUCUUUUAAAUUGAGAUACAGUAUAAAAAUGCCCCCUUACGACGAUGCAUAGCACAAGGCAACAAAAUUGUUUUUGGAAAUUCAACUAUACCGCUAUUGCUUAAAGCAAUAUUUUCUGAAUCAUUACCACAUUAUGCUAAGACCUGACAAAUGACAGAACACAUGUAAUGUUUAAACUAAUUUAGGACUAUUGUUACCAUUGUUUGAAUGUUUCAGUACAUCAUCACUUUCCACUUUCCUCUGUCAGAGGCAGAGGAACACAGGUACCUGAAGCUUGUAUGGCCAGAAUACUAGCUAUGAAGCUAAUAGGUAAAUUCCUUUUUUUUGAUGAAAGUUAAACUACUCAUUAAAAAAUGACACAAUAACACUAGGCCACAAUGUUGUUGAUGUCUUUUAAAAGCUCAUGAAAAGCUACUAAAAAUGCAUUUCUUUCAGCAAAAAUGUAAACCAGGACUGAUGGCAGGAUAAAGAUAUUUAUGUAUUCUAAUAUAUUUACUUAUUUUCCCAGUACUACCUAUUUUAAAAGCAGUGAUUUUCUCAAACAGUAAUGGGUGAAAAUUAAUAAUGAUCAUUAUUAUUAGUCAAAAACACAAAGUGGUUUUGAAAGUAGACUGAAUUCUAGCUUCUCACCCUUGUCUUUAAAAGUUUUGUUACAUGAUCACAAAUGCAGCAAGUCAUUCUAACUGCCCCCAAUACUCUCUAUAUAACUGACUCAGCAGUUCUUAGAUGUAGGCCGUGUUUAGCAAAAUACUGAGAACUUGUUUCCAAAUGUUAGCUUGAGAGGCUAAUUAGGUCUCUGUUCUGAAUAGCUGUCAGACUGUACUUUGUACUUUGUACAUAGUACAAUGUUUUAGUUAACAUUUUCACAUCCUGUGGGAUUGUGCAGAGCUAACUUAUUUAAUUAAGUUGACGAAUGAAGUGUGUGGAGGAGAUGACAGCAAUUUUUGUUUAAUUAGCAGUCAAAUUUGUGUCAAGAUGCAACGAUUAGCUGUCUGCUUAUUCUGUCUCUCAUGAUGGUGUCGCCCCUCCCCUGAACCGUUGUGACUGAAGUCUCAGUGAUUAGUCUAAUUAGCCCUUGUUGUGUUUGCUGCCCUGGCUACCCACGAUGCAUCGCCUUGUUCUUUGCAUUAACUUUGCUGCACUCUGUGGAAAUGCUUUUUUAGUUGUAUCUUCUUCAUAGUCUGAAACCAACCAGUUGGGUUAGAAUCAAUAUAGGAAAUCUGCAAAACUGAAUUCUUUUCUCUAAGGCUCUUAUCAAAACCUAACAUGUCUUUUCUUUUUUAUUUUAGCUUUUUUUCUUCUUUUUUUUUUUUCAUUUAAACGAUUUGAAAACACCAGCUGUCCUUUACAUUGUGUGAAUGUUUCAUGUGGAAUGGAGCAACAGCAAAGGUCCCCAAAAACUUUUACAUUUUGUUGACACCUUUUGCUUUUUGUUUCUUGUAUUAGGCUACUGCUUCAGAGAUACAAAGUUUUGUUAUAAUACCACAUUUAAUAAUAGCUCCAUUUACUUCAGUGUAGCGUAUUGCAGUUCCAGUCUGAAUACAGACAGCACUCUGUAGUUGACUGGUCUGUGGAGAAAACUUCAGGCCGUUUUCUGUUUGUUUGAAGCUUCUGAGGUGAGCUGCAUGACCUCACACAGCCCUCAAUAAUGUAUUAAUUUCCUUGAAACCUAAGCACUUUAUUUCCAUAUAAUUACUUCUUGAAGGUUCUUCUUCCUUCCUUUUAGUUUUACCAUAAGCUCUAUCACUGUCGACUGUUUUGACAUCUUACACAUUCCUUGCUGUUUGAAAAGUAGAGCUUUUCAGAAGCCAGAAACGUCUCUACAGGCCGAGGCUCUGACAACAUGCAGCUGGAAGAAGCCGAUCCCGCUCCACCCCAAAGCUGCCAUAAACAAGCUCAUGUUCGCAGUAUUUCUCUACUGUUGCUGUUAAUUUAAUCUUUGCUUUUAACUCAAUGCAGUUUGACCUCAGUCUCAGUGUAGCACUGGAAAAGUCACAAAGCUUAUUAUGUUUACUAAUAAACCUGUGUGCAGUGGCAUCUGAACUCAUCUGGCAGAAAAAAAGAAAGGCCCUGUUAUCUGACUCUAAUUAAGCGAUACUGGCCCUUGUUUAAUUUCUUUUGUGAAUGGCAAGCAAAGGUGAAAGCAUGACCCUGACCUGCAUGUAUCCUUACGACUCACCCUUUGAAUGGUAGGGCAGCUGAUUGUGUUGAGAGGUCUUUGGGAUGAAAACCUCUGACCCUGCUAAAUGAGGCAAAUCUAUGGAGAAUUCCUCUUUGGCCUAUUUGACCUUGUGCACUCUUGUCACUGUUAUUCAGUAUAAACUGAACUGCAUGUUCUGUUCUCAAGCAAAAGUGUUGAAUCUUCUUGUUACUGUGCUGUUGUCAAACUCUGUGCUACUUUAAACAAGCAGCACUUAUAAUUUACAGACUGUGUCGUAAAAAAUAUUUUCUUCGGUGUUCAACGUGACUGACAUGCUACGCAUAGUUUCUUACUGUUGAAGCGCAACACUUUUCCCCUGUUCUCUUCGUCCUUCACUUUCUCAAUUGGGUAAAUGUGCCACAACUUCUCAUAUAAUCCCCUGCCUUCCUUUCAGAAACAGAAAAACAGCGUUUUUGUACAAUUUGAUAUUUCUUUUGGUGUUCUUUUUUUAGGAUACUGUUCAAAUUUGAUGCUGUUUCACUUACGAACCAGAUAAAAUAGCUUACAGUGACUUAGAAAGAAUGUUUACCAAAAAUGAGUGCAAUUUUUUGAACACUUUUUACCAGGAUCGCUUAUUUGACACUUCUCCAAAAAAAGCAAUCCCCCAACCAAUUGUAAUUAAAGCAGCAAAGUCAUUGUAUACUAGCCAGUUUCUUGCAGUUGUGUUGUCAUGUAUCUGUUGUGUGAGAGAGUGAGAGACACAGAGAGCAUUAUGGUUGAUCACAGUGUGAGCAGUGAAUCUGAGAAAGUGGCACUAAGCUAGCAAAUUCUUGAGAGGUAGGGAGCCAGUGAUACAAUCAGAAAAGUGCCAAUGACAAAUUUUCCCCCAAAUCAAACUCUGCAACAGACCCUUGUACAGAAUCAAAACAACUAAAUAUCUACUGUCUCUGAAAUAAAGCCAAAAUAUAUUUCCUCAAUAUGAGAACACUGUGAAACAUACGCUGCAGUGGGCAGAGUAACAGCGUACAGUAUAGGUCUAUAUAUAAUGUUCCACACUGGUGUGAUUGUAAUGUGGGCUUUUUUAUGUUGAUGAGAUUGUGUGUGUGUGUGUGUGAGUGUGUGUGUGUGUGUGUGUUUGUGUUUUUUUUUAAGUCGGUGUUCGUGUUCUUACAUACAGACAGAAUUUAUGUGUAAGUAAGCCAUACAGUUUUUGGCAGUAAAUCUCGUGUAACCAUGUCAAGACAUAACUGGCACCAGCUUCUCACAAAUAAA